AUGGAAAGUGUCUCCACAGGAAACCAAACUAUUACUGAGUUUAUCCUCCUUGGCUUCAGUGACAUUACCAGGCUGCAUCUCCUUUUCUUUAUUGUGUUCACUGUUGUCUACACCUCCAUCAUCAUAGGGAAUAUGCUGAUCAUUGUGGUAGUGGUUAGCUCGCAGAGGCUCCACACACCCAUGUAUUUCUUUCUGGCUAAUCUGUCCUUCUUGGAGAUCCUUUACACCUCCACAGUGUUGCCAAAAAUGCUGGAGGGCUUCCUUCAGGAGGUCAUCAUCUCUUUGUCUAGUUGUUUACUCCAGUUCUUUAUUUUUGGUUCUCUAGCCACUGCUGAAUGCUUCCUGUUGGCUAUUAUGGCAUAUGAUCGCUACCUGGCAAUCUGCUACCCACUCCAAUACCCAUUCCUGAUGGGACCUAGAUGGUGCUUGGGGCUGGUGGUCACAGCCUGGCUGUCUGGAUUCUUGGUAGAUGGACUGGUUGUGGUCCUGAUGACUCAGCUGAGGUUCUGUGGCCCCAACCGCAUUGACCACUUUUACUGUGACUUCAUGCCUUUGGUGGACCUGGCUUGCUCAGAUCCUAUAGUGGCCCAGGUGACAACAUUUGUUCUUUCUGUAGUCUUCCUCACAGCUCCCUUUGGACUAAUUCUGGCAUCUUAUGCUCGGAUUACAUUGACUGUGCUAAGACUUCCUUCUGGAGCCAACAGGAGAAAAGCUUUCUCCACAUGCUCCUCCCACGUAGCUGUUGUGUCCACAUUCUAUGGAACUCUCAUGGCCCUGUAUGUUGCACCUUCUGCUGUCCACUCCCAGCUUCUCUCCAAGGUCUUUGCCCUGCUCUACACUGUGGUCACUCCUAGCUUUAAUCCUGUGAUCUAUACACUGAGAAACAAGGAGGUUCAUCAGGCUCUACAGAAGCUUCUCUACAUUAAACAAACUGAAAUGUGA